AUGAAGUGGAGUGGUGCAUUCUGGGAUGCACUUUACAUCGAUAUCAUCGUGGUUGCCAUUGUUUCCUCGGCACAGGAUAAGUGUGAACCCAGAUUUACGGUGAUAGAAAACCACAGUGCAUGUCUGAAUAAAUCCGAUGAGGUGGGAAGCAGUGGUGUGACAGAGGUUGAGAAGAAAGAGAUACUCGACACACACAACUUGCUGAGGUCCCAGGUGAAUCCCCCAGCCAAAAAUAUGAUGAAAAUGAGUUGGGACAAUGAUGUUGCACUAGUAGCCCAAAAAUGGGCGGAGAACUGCGAUUUAAAGCAUGACGGGAAGUAUCAGAGGCGGAUUCCAGGGCGAUUUUCGGCGGGACAGAAUUUGUUGUGGUCAGAAUUCAGAAUUACUUGGAAUGUCACCAUCUACGCGUUGUAUGUUUCUGAGGUCUCCAAAUUCACUUAUGGGGGACCGAAUCCACCAGGAGUUGGUCACUAUACUCAGAUUGUAUGGGCAGACUCCAUAAAAGUGGGUUGUGGAUACGCCCACUGCCAAACGAAAGGGUUACAUUACUAUGUAUGCAAUUACUCUCCAGGAGGGAAUUCUUACAAUAUGCAACCAUAUAAAAACGGUACCAGCUGUGCUGACUGUCCCAACAGAUGUGAAAAUAACCUUUGCGAUUGUGAUGGAGUGGUUUGUGAGAACGAUGGAAUUCUGGACUUGACCACGUGUUCAUGUCAUUGUUCACUGAACAGACCUUACUAUACCGGCAGCCAGUGUUCACUGAACUGCUCCGCUUUGACGCCCGAUUCUUCUUUUUGUACGUCAUUGUCCGUCGCUGAAUGUGCCCAGUAUAGUAAUGUACCAUACAUGUGCCCCGUCCUUUGUAAAGUGUGUAACUAUAGACUAGCUUCUGUAACGGAUACAACAAUACCCUCCACCUCAACCUCAAAUUCCAUAGUGACCACAACGGUACCUUCGACGUCAAUAACAAGCCCAUUCGUGGUUACCAUCACUCCCUCAGCAGAGAAGUGUGAACCCAGAUUUACGGUGAUAAAAAACCACAGCGCAUGUCUGAAUAAAUCCACGGAGGUGGGAAGCAGUGGUGUGACAAACGUAGAGAAGAAAGAGAUAGUCGACACACACAAUUUGUUGAGGUCACAAGUGAAACCACCAGCCAAAAAUAUGAUGAAAAUGAGUUGGGAUGAUGAUGUUGCACUAGUGGCACAAAAAUGGGCGGAGAACUGCGAGUUAAAGCAUGACGGGAAUUAUCAGAGGCGGAUCCCAGGCAAGACCACUAAAUAUUCAUCUGUCAAUUACAUAGAUUUCCAAACAUACUGA